AUGUCUGCCCUCUUGACAACCCUGGGCCUCCGCGCUGCGGCUGGCCAACAGCCCGCAAACCACGCCGCUGGUCUCCUUGCAGCCAACUGGUUCCUCGCAUUUUGCUUCAUGAGCAUCCGUGGUGAGAAGGUGUACUACGGUCUUGACCAUAAUGUCUCCCCACGUGAAGACCUUUACAAGUACGGCGAACGCGCCGUCCAAGCAGGCAAGAUGAGCCGUAGCGCCCUUGAGAAGCUCAAGCGCAAGGAGGCUGCGCAUGCGAAUGCACAGGAGGGGUAUCCGCUGUUUGUUGCGGCGAUGUUGCUCUCCUUGUACGCCGGUCUCCCCAAUGAGACCAUCAAUGGAAUUGGUCUUUGGUAUACCGUUUCGCGUGUCGCGUACAGCUUCGCAUACUCGUACAUCGAGUCGCCAGCUUUGAGCUAUCUUCGUUCUGUGACUUGGUGGUCGGGUAACAUCAGCUGCCUCACUGCUCUGGUGUUGGCUGGCCAGAAGCUGUAG